ACAACAAAUAAUUUUUUUUUCUCUAAUGAAACAUCUUAAUACAACAACCAUCCUUAGCAAAAUAAUACCUAUAACAAAGCUAUUAGUAGGGUCUAUGGAGGUUAGGAUGUUGGCGAACUAUAGCUCUAUCCCCCGGCUUCAAACCAUAUCCAGAUAAACAGCCUUCUUUCUAUUCACGGUUCAAUCGCCAUUCACGAAUGUGUUUGACUCAGAACAGAAGGCAAAGAUGACGACGGAGACCGCGAUGGAAACGAGACAAUAUGCAGGUGUUAUGACGGAUCUUUCAGGCCAAGAUCUCUUGUGAGACAAAUGUUUGACCAUGCCAAAUGAUCCCAGAUCUCUUGUCAGACAAAUGUGACAAAAUGCAUUGGUUAAGUAAAACAAUAAAAACAAUCAUUAAAAAAAGCAAAUACUUCCAAAAACUUAAUCAGCCUCACCCACCUCAUCCAAGAUCCUCUCAAGAAUGGCCAUUAGAGAAGAAGACUCAAAUUUUCUUGCAACACAAAGGUACGCAAUAGUAACCGGAUCAAACCAAGGUAUAGGCUUAGCAAUAUGCAAACAGUUAGCUUCAAAAGGAGUUCAAGUCAUGCUAACCGCUCGAGACGAAGAAAAAGGCAAAUCCGCGAUAAAAACUCUUGAAAGUUGUGCCUUUUUCAAUCAUCUGGUUUUUCAUCAACUUGAUGUGUUGGAUCCAUCUAGCAUCUCUUCUCUUGUUGACUUUGUGAAAUCCAAAUAUGGGAAGCUUGAUAUCUUGGUGAAUAAUGCCGGAAUUUUAGGAUCGAGUGUGGACACCAAUGCAUUAGAAGCCUAUACAAAUGGCAGCGCUUCAGGAUAUAUCAAAUGGGGAGAAAUUUCUACACAACCAUACAACUUGGGAGAAGCCUGCAUUCAAACAAAUUAUUAUGGAGCAAAGAGGAUGACCGAAGCUUUCAUGCCUCUUCUCUCCUUGUCCGACUCUCCAAGAAUCGUCAAUGUUUCAUCAAGCUCCGGAAAAUUAAUGUAUGUAGUCAACGAGUGGGCUCGUGACAUCUUGAACGAUACUAAAUCUCUAAGCGAAGAUCGAAUUGAUGAGGUCCUUGAAGUUUUCCUUAGGGAUUUGAAAGAGGGUUCUUUAGAAACAAAGAAGUGGCCAUCUUUUUUAUCUGCAUAUACAUUAUCAAAAGCAGCAUUGAAUGGCUACACAAGAUUGUUAGCAGAGAAGCAUCCGGAUUGUAUCAUAACUUGUGUUUGCCCGGGGCAUGUGAAGACAAAUCUAAGUGUAUUUACAGGACCCUUGAAUGUUGAAGAGGGUGCCCACAGUGUUGUUAGGCUUGCUUUGCUACCCAUUGAUCAUGGGCUGCAGCAUUCUGGUCUUUUCUUUUAUAGGGAUGAAGUAUCAUCUUUUUAAUGAAUGUAAAACCUUAUUAAUUUGCUAAGUAACGGUUUAAAAUGAAUAAAUAUGUGGAUUAUGUA